AUGUCAGCUGAAGAUCGUGCGGCUGUCGAGACUAUGCUCAUCGAUUAUGACACGGAUAUUGAGUCUAUACCAUACACUGCUCCCCCGGGCGAGGAGGGAGCCGAGUUUAGCCACGAGGGCGGAGAGUACGAGGUGUUCCAGGGGCUAGCUCAGCAGAUGGCAGACCUCUCUGGAUUCCUUAUAUAUCAUGGUUACCUUGGCUGUUCUCCGCUGCACCCGACUGUCGCCAUUUCUCUCCGCACGCUUGCGGCUUAUCGACAGUCUCACAGGACUUGCCCCCGGUUCAGUGUUCAAGCGCAGUGCAAGGCCCUAUGCCACCUCCAUGAUAUCCCUUACCAACCAUAUCUAAAUACGCAAUUCUCGGACGCAUAUGAUGUUUACCUUGAGAUCUUGCAUCGGGUAGACUCCCUCAUCAAAGCAGCACUGAAGCGCGAUACACAAGAUUGGCGCCUUCUCAACUCGUGUCCCUGUUGCUGUUACAAACUAGAUGACGAAGACAACAUGACUUUUGAGUGGCUUGCCACCAUCGACGGUAACAAUAGCUUGAAAAGAUGGUCGUCUUCUAUUUACGGCACAUCUCCAAGGGAUGAUUCGCGGACUCGACGUUCUGACUACUGGCUCCAUCGCUGCGAACAUCCCACUGAUGACUGGGAGGAUGUGGUACAGUCCGACUCGGCACCAUUCAACUGCGUUGACCGCUGGCGAAAUGCUGGUCCGGAAGCACGUAAACGCAUGUUUUCAGUUUUCGAUGAAUCUGGCAUUUUUAUUGCGGCCUGUCGCCACCGGUUCAUUCUUUUAGUGUGUGAUAUGGUCAAAAGUGGCGAACUCUCAAAAUACCCGCUCGCUAUUUUAGAUCAUCUGCUCAAUGUCUACGGGAAGAAUGGUGGCGUUGCAUACGAUAUUGGAUGCGCAUUUUCCAAGACACUGGAAAAUAGCUGCCUUGGACCCCGAGCUCGUGAACUCAAUUUACGACUGAUGGUCGGAGCUUUCCAUGGCCAUGCUCACAACCGACGGUGUCAAAUUGACUGGCAUCCGAUGUACAUAGAAGGUACUGGCCACACCGAGGGAGAAGGCUGUGAACACAUUUUUUCAUCAUCAAAUGAGCUUGCGCGCAGCACUCGCCACGCUACUCCAUUUCACCGGCAUCAAACGAUCGAGCAACACUUUGCCUUUUGGGACGAUGACAAGUACGCAGCGCUUAGUACAUUUUUACAGAAUCAUUACCGAGAGGCACUCACUGCCAUUCAAACUCUCACCAGCGAACUUUCCUCACUGGAAGGUGUCCUCAAUCUCACACACACCGACUUCGUUCGUUUUCACAAGGAAGAGCGCUCAUACCUCGAUGGCCUGAAGGAACCCCCUGUCAAGGAUCGUGUCAGUGUUCGAUAUGUUCAAGCUCUUGAUGAAGUUGUCGUCCGCCAAAAGGAAUGGAACACAGCACGAGAAGCCGCCAAUCGGGCGCUUGUGGAUAUUCAUGUCGGCGGCUAUCAGGAAAUGCACACCGCCAUCAAUCAAGCCCGGAUCCGAGUUGACGGAUCAUAUUCGAAGCUUCAAAAUGCGGAAGCGAUGGCUUCGCAUUUAGAGAUUCAACUUGGGAUUGACAAGCGAUGGGAGAUUGACAGCGAACUCUACCGUCAAUUUCACCAAGAAGCUUCACUUUUGACUUACCGCACAGCACUCGAUGACUUAGAACGACUUGUCGUGAUGCGUCUAUUUGAGUUGUCGAAACUCUCGCUUUCAGGCACGGGCUACAAACUACGUCAACAAAUUAGCAAGGCUCUACAACGUCGAUCACAGGCGAUUCGGAACGCACUUAGCCGGUUCAAUCUGCAGGCUGCUGCUCUUGUACCUCCGCGUCCACAGCUCACUUGGAAAGAUAUAGUGGAGUACAGCUUUCUGGGCGAGUUCGAUCUUUUGCGCCAGUCUCGUUCUGACAUUCGCACCCUGGACUGGACCAAACCUGCGCAUCGCGAAGCUACGGUAAAGUACUUCAAACUUCAACGUGCCCGUGAAGAGAUUCAACGCUUGAAUAUUGAAAUUCGUCGGUUGCGUACAGCCAUACAUGAUGAGGAACUCACUGUGAAUGCCACCAUCAAUUCCCUUCUCGUAUCCAACAAACCUGUUGGACUUGAACUGCAACGUCAAUGGCGCAGUCGCGCUGCCAUCAAUGCAGCGCAUUUGUUUAGAUUAGAUCGAAUCAUGUCACAGGCAGGCUUUUCAGGCAAAAGAGGCCUCGGAACUCGACUCAACGGCACAUCUAGCCAUGAACCUGAGCGGAUGAUGGCGACUUCGACAAUUUCAACAACUGACGAACAAAGUGGUGGAGAUAAUCUUGAGCAUGAGGAGCAAGAACAGAAUGUAGAAGAUUUCGCUGAUUUUUUGGCAUCCGUUGUAGAGUAA